GAGUGGAGGCGGGAGUGAAGUCUCGCGAGAGGAGGUGGUUGCUGUAGCGGAGCCCUCUGUGUCUGAGGUGCCGCCUCUGUAGUCGGGGACGGUUUGCUGAGCCCGUUAGUGCUCCAGACUGGUACCGACGCCGCUGUCAUGUCCCGCUACCUGCGCCCCCCAAACACGUCUCUCUUCGUCAGGAAUGUGGCCGACGACACUAGGUCUGAAGAUUUACGGCGUGAAUUUGGCCGCUAUGGUCCUAUAGUUGAUGUGUAUGUUCCACUCGAUUUCUACACUCGUCGUCCAAGAGGAUUUGCUUACGUUCAAUUUGAGGAUGUUCGUGACGCUGAAGAUGCUUUACAUAAUUUGGACAGAAAAUGGAUUUGUGGACGUCAGAUUGAAAUACAGUUUGCACAGGGGGAUCGGAAGACACCAAAUCAAAUGAAAGCCAAGGAAGGAAGAAAUGUGUACAGUUCUUCACGUUAUGAUGAUUAUGACAGAUAUAGGCGUUCUAGGAGCCGGAGUUAUGAAAGGAGGAGAUCAAGAAGUCGGUCUUUUGAUUACAACUAUAGAAGAUCUUAUAGUCCUAGAAACAGUAGACCAACUGGAAGACCACGACGUAGCAGAAGCCAUUCCGACAAUGAUAGAUUCAAACACCGAAAUCGAUCUUUUUCAAGAUCUAAAUCCAAUUCAAGAUCACGGUCCAAGUCCCAGCCCAAGAAAGAAAUGAAGGCUAAAUCACGUUCUAGGUCUGCAUCUCACACCAAAACUAGAGGCACCUCUAAAACAGAUUCCAAAACACAUUAUAAGUCUGGCUCAAGAUAUGAAAAGGAAUCAAGGAAAAAAGAACCACCUAGAUCCAAAUCUCAGUCAAGAUCACAGUCUAGGUCUAGGUCAAAAUCUAGAUCAAAGUCUUGGACUAGUCCUAAGUCCAGUGGCCACUGAUAGUAUAAACCAUGAUAAUUUUUAGGCAUGUAUCAUUCAUUUACUCAUAGGUUGGUAUACUUAAAUUAUCAGGAUUACAAUGUUGCAAUGAUGCGUAAAAAACACUUGUUAGUUUUCCCUGUUCCAGGCAAUGGUUAUAAUUAAAAUGAUAUGCUGUUGAGAAGACACUCUUAAGAGUCCAGUUUGUUUAAUGUUAUGGGCAGCUACCAAUAUGUGGUGUCUCUGUAUAUUUUUGUAAAGAUUCUCAUUUUUUAUGCUUGAAGUAUUUGGUGAAAAGAUGUUGGUUGACCAUAAUUUGCAACAUUGUCUUAUUAAAAAUAAACUUUCAUAUCCAUAUUUGGUAGAACUGUUAACCUAGAAAUGUAGUUUGCUAAUAAGAUAGAAUGAUACAAAAGUGAAGUUGUAGCCACAGUACAACACUGACUGCUCAGAAACAUUUAGGUUCAGGGUGGACCUUUAUGUCUUUCAAGGUGGGUAGGCCCAGAUAAGAGCUCAUUUAUGAUGCGGUGUGGAAAAAUUAACCCCACUGUCUUGGGCAGUGAUGCGUGUUUUCUGUUGCUAUGAAUAUUUGGAACAUAAACACAUCAAAAAGCUCCCCUUUAAAUUUGAGCAGGUCAAUGAUGGCAGAAAUAAUUUUAAGGAGGAAAGUAUGUUCUUAGUAGUUACUCUAAAAUGUAAGGAGCGGUGUUGACCAUUGUUGCUUAGUUUUUUUACUGCUGUUUGAAGUAAAUUGUUUCAGUGUAAGUUUUAUUUGUGUGUAUGUAUAGGGUAAAGGAACUGAAUUUUGAUGCUUACAGCACUGAGCAUGUGCAUUUGUAUCAAAAUUUGACUGCUUGUUUAUGAGGGAGGCUUGCUGUUCACAUUUCAAUUUAUUUACUGUGAGGCAAGUUGAAAUACAACACUCCCAUCCUAGGUGAUUCUGUGGUGCCAUGAAAUUUUAAAUAAUUUUGGAAAACAGGAUUAGUUUAAGGAAGAGCCACAUCUUUUGAGUUUUUGAUUAUCGUUGUAGUAGCUGACUAAAAAUGAGGAAUUAAUACCUCAAUUAUUUAUAAUUUCUAGUAUCUCUAAAAGAUUGUUUGGAGGCAAUAAAAAAUGACUUGAAAUGUCCAGUCUCAUUUCACAAUAAAAGCUAGCAUUUUCUAAAAUCUCAGAAUGCUUGCUUGCAGAUACAAGAAAGAAAUAUUGUAGGGAAAUGAUUCCUUUUAGAGAAUUUUUUUUUUCAAUUUUGAGUUUAGAAAUCUAGGCCUUGCCUGUAAAGAUAAAAAAAUGGUUUUUACAUACUGUUUGUGGAAUGUGUUUAAAGGAUUGAUUCUAGAACCUUUGUAUAUUUAAUAGUAUUUCUAACUUUCAUUUCUUUACUGUUUGCAGUUAAUGUUCAUGUUCUGCUAUGCAAUCAUUUAUAUGCACGCUUCUUUAAUUUUUUUUAGAUUUUCCUGGAUGUAUAGUUUAAACAACAAAAAGUCUAUUUAAAACUGUAGCAGUAGUUGCAGUUCUAGCAAAGAGGAAAGUUGUGGGGUUAAACUUUGUAUUUUCUUUCUUAUAGAAGCUUCUAAAAAGGUAUUUUUAUAUGUUCUUUUUAACAAAUAUUGUGUACAACCUUUAAAACAUCAAUGUUUGGAUCAAAACAAGACCCAGCUUAUUUUCUGCUUGCUGUAAAUUAAGCAAACAUGCUAUAAUAAAAACAAAAUGAAGGAAAUAAUGAUUAACUGGAAUUAUUAUAGUAUUGAAAACAGUCUUUCAUAGAUUUAGGGAUAUUUUUAAGCCAUCGUUGCAUUAGGCGUACCUAAUUUACUUUGGAAAUGACAAGACUUGCCAGAAAUCUACAUUGAUAUUUGGGUCAGCUAAUUAUAAAUUUAUACUUUCAUUAUUGGAUUGAUCAUUAACUCCCUAAAUGAGAUAUAUUAGACUUUAUGUUUAUAGCAUGAUCUAAAAUUAUUUUUCAUUGAAUGUUGGUGAGCAUUUAUUAAGUGAUAACCACUUCGGGGAAAAUGUUUGGGUGUUUCGCGAAUUGGAUUCUAGCUACUUUAUAAUAAUUGUAGCUGGUAAUUUAUUAAGUAUGAUGUACCAGACACCGUUAAGGAGGCUGUGUGUCAACUCAUUCACUCUUCACAAACCCUGUGAGAAAAGAUACUUUUAUUUUCCGUAUAUCACAAAGCAACUGGGGCACAAUGAAAGGGCUGUAAGUGGCUGUCAGGAUUUGAGCCCAGGUCUGGUUCUUAGGGGGGUUUUUUGUUUUGUUUUGUUUUAUUAAGCAGACUAAUUUGAGAAAAGUAAAUUGAGGAGACAGCCCAAUGAAAUUAUUCUCGGUCUCUGUAUACAAC